CAUUUUCGUAGCAUUAUGUACCGGUAUCGCAUAUGGUAUCAUGUAACACUUCCGAUUACUAACUCCACGGCCAAAGAUACAUUACCAAUUUAUGUAUAUAUACGCCUGAAAUAAACACGCAGAUGUGUUACCUGAGAAAAAGUGAAAGAGAUCCAGAGCACCAGGGACGGAGCACUACUACUGUAACACACCUGAAUCAUAAGUGGAAUAAAGACCAAAGUGCAUGCUAUCAAUAAUGAAGCGCAAAUAAGGGCCAAUAAGGACCGUGCCGUGC